AAUUAGUUUUCAUUUAUAUUACUUAUUAUUGAUAAAAAAAAGGGUAUAAAAUUAGUUCAAACGCAUCAAAUUAUUCCUACAAUUAUUCAUAUAUGAGAGUUUUAAAUUAAAUUUUGUCUGUAUAAUUAAUUUUUGAGAAUGCAUUUUCCGGUUCCUCUUCUCACCCACUCCGAGAGGAAGAUAUUUUUUUAAAAACAAAAAAACAAAACAAGAAACUCCGCUGCAAUUCUGGGUGUCAACAAGAAAUAUAGAGAAUAUUGGGGAUCAAAAUAUAAUUUCGUUAAAAAAAAAAUGCAGUGAUGCCAGUAAGUGAAAAUCUUAGAGAGAAGAAUUUGACCGAAGUUUGACCGGAGCUGGGCGAAUCGGAGCAUUUAUGGAAAAAUAUUCCGGCCAAAGAUUUUCUAAUAUUUUCCUAAAUUAUAUCUCAACCUAACGGUAACAAUCUGAGUUGUAAAAGGAAAUGAAACCAAAUUAGAAAUUAAUUUCCUAUUACGUUUUGGUUUCCGGAGAUAAAUCUGAGAUUGAACUCCGACGGAGUUAUUCUACUCCCAUAACUAAACAUCCAUUAAUCAUCUCCCGCCGUUUUAAUUUCAAGCUUUCUAUGUUUUAAGAGAAAUAACAAUGGGAACGGGGACAGCGAUUGAAGGCUUCAGAAUAUUUACAUACCUCGAAAAAGAAGGGGAUCUUCCGGCGCCGCAAAAAAACAACAACCCGAGACUGAAUCCGAACUCCCCCUGACUAUGCUGGAGGCUGCGGCAAUACUAAUAGAGAUGGUAAACUCUGUUUCUGAUGUUAACCCUGAAAAAAUUAGCAACAACACCCACGAAAGGAAGAGUCCUCUGACGCCGACGCCGACGCCGAUGACUGCAACUAGGAAACAGAGGAAGAAGAAGGCAAAACAAAGCAAGUAUCCAUCGAUUCCUGAGAUGCCGGCAGCAUUGAGAGAUCGGAUCGUGGAGAUGGGUGGGUAUGAAAUUAGGCUGGUGAUUCAGAAACAACUUGAAGACACUGAUUUAAACAAAAACCAUGGCCGUUUGUCCAUGCCGAUAAAGAAACUGUUGUUUGAUUUUACAACAGAGGAGGAGAGGAAGCUCUUGAGCGAAGUGGAAAACCAAAACAAGAAGGGGAUAAAUACGGUGAUUAUAGAUGAUGUUGAAGAAAGAAUGAUUUGUUUGAAGAAGUGGAAGAUUGGAAGUGGAGAUGUGUACUGUUUGACGACACAGUGGAAUUCGUUGGUGGAGGAAACGGGAUUAAAAAGUGGACAACAUAUUCAAAUUUGGAGCUUUAGAAAAGAUGAUGAAUAUGAGACUUAUCGUGUUUGCUUGGCUAUGGUUAAGUUAGCACCUUGCUAAUUUAGCGUUACCAACUUUGUAGUUGUCCAAAUGCGUCUCUUUUGUGUAUGAACAUGUAUAGAAGGGGGAAUUUGGUGUAGAUGGCUAAAAUUUCCAUGUAUUUUUUUAAAUAUAACUAAUCAAAUCCAU